AUGCGCCACAGCGUCUCGCUUAGCGGCCCGCCGAAAGACACUAGCCACACCCGCCACGAACUCGACGUUUCAGUCUCCGCCCAACUUGCGGUUAAAUCGAUUGAUUCUCGUGUUCAUAAAUCUAACAGAAGUCUAUUCAAAAUGAAGCACCUCGCAGCUUACCUCCUCCUCGCCCUUGCCGGCAACGAGACCCCCUCUGCCGACGAUGUCAAGGGUGUCCUCUCCUCCGUCGGUAUCGACGCCGAUGAGGAGCGUCUCCAGAAGCUCAUUUCUGAGCUCGAGGGCAAGGACAUCAACGAGCUGAUCGCUCAGGGUACUGAGAAGCUCGCUUCCGUUCCCUCUGGCGGUGCCGCCGCCGCCGCCGCCCCCGCCGCCGGUGGUGCUGCUGAGGCCGCUCCCGCUGAGGAGAAGAAGGAGGAGGCCGCUGAGGAGUCUGAUGAGGACAUGGGCUUGGGUCUCUUCGACUAA